CCUCCUCCUUAAGUGACUCAGCCUCUGAAGGAGAAACCUCUUGACUUUUCAGACAGCUGGAUGGGGAAGGACAAUUCAGCUCUCUGUCUGCCCUGACUGUACCUCAUUUUCAGGUAUCUACAGGUUGACUUACCAUACUGAGCCGCUCUAGGACACUAACUUCUGGAUUUCCACAGAAGGACACCCCGCUGAAAAAAAUGUCAGCUUUCAGCAUACGAAAACAGGCUCCUCACAAAAGCGAUAAUAAGAGCCCCUCUGUUGCAAUUAAAAGCAGACAACAGGCUACUCAUGAUAGUAACAAACGACGGACCCUUUUGCAAGAUAGCAGCUGGAUAAAGAAGAGGCCUGAAGAGGAAAAUGCUGAUGAAAACUAUGGAAGGGCUGUGCUUAACCAGUACAAAUCUCAAGAUAGCCUACACAGUGCCACAAAUGAAAAGGAAGAUCAGAAAGCUGUACUUGGACGUUACAGGUCUGAUACUACCCUGGACAGAAUUCCAGACAAAAGUGACACUGAUAAAAUAAAUAAGUCCCCAACUCUGAAUAAUAAGGAGAGCAACAGACAAUCUUGGACUUCUAAUGCAGCACCCACAAACACUGCUGUGACUUCUCCAAUCAAGAAAAAAAGGCAAUCGUGGAUGCCUCCUCCAGUUUCAAGUAGUAAAACCACAACAGAAACAUUGGAAACCAAAAGGACCACUUCAGAAAAUUCAGAGGCUCCAACAACGUAUGCCUUUUCAUCAGAACAGGUGACCCCUCAGAAAUCCAAGACUGAGGUGAAUGAUCAAGCUACAGCAAGGAACCAAAAUCUUGAUAACCAACUCAAAGUGAAACCAAGUUCUUUCACAAGUGACAAGGAAGGAAAAGACCUUAAGGAUUUUACUGAAAUAUAUACUGCUGGUCAGAAAAAUAAGAGGAUAACUGAGCAAGCAUAUGAAAAUCCUCCAAGGGCUCUAAAUAAUCUCCCAGAAACAAACUACUACAGUGACAGCGAAAGAAAGACCAGCAAAUCAUCAUAUGGUACCUAUGACAAAAAUAUAACUGGAAAUACUAUCAAAACUGUUUACUCUACUUCUGAUCGGAGUAUAAUUGGAAAAGAUAUAUGUACAUACUGCAGGAAGCCCUUGGGCAUAGAUGCCAAAAUGAUCUUAGAUGCCUUGCAAAUUUGCUGUCAUUCAACUUGCUUCAAGUGUGAAGUAUGUAAAAGACCACUGGAAGAUCUGAGAGCAGGAGACAGCAUUUGGAUUUACAGACAAACUGUGCAUUGUGAGCCUUGCUAUUCCAAAGUUAAAGAAAAGUGGAUUUACUAAUUUGACAUACAGCGUGAUAAAGAAGUUCCACUAGUGUUUAGUUAAGUGUAUUGCCCUGUUAAUUCAAACCACUAUGGAAAAUGAUUAUUUUUUACUGCUAGGAACAAAUACUUUAAAUGCAGUCCCACUGCAUGGUUCCCAAAGGAAUCAAGUGCUUGAGAAUUUAGGUGGUUUUUUUAAUACAUACAUUCCAGGAAGCAAAACAAGAUACUGUUCAAUAUAUUUAUCAGAUUUGUGAAACUACAUGGAAAACUAAUAAUAAUUUAUUAAAAUUUUCUGAAUGGCAGGAUAUACCUACACAUACGUUUUGAAGGGGCUGUAUUCUUUUUACUGAAAACACAUCUCCUCAAAGACCUGUUACCUUUAUAUAGCAUGUAUAGGAUUAAUCCCAUCAAAGAUUAAUCAUUUAGAAGUCAGCUAUUCAGUUUAAACUACUGUUUUAACACAGAGUGAGGUGGGUUCACUCUGUGCCUUUCAGGAGAGACAUCAGUCUGCAGAGGAAGAUUAUUCCCAACUAACUUAAAUGAUAACUUUACAAUGGAACGAAUCAUCUUUGGAAAAUGCAUCUCUGUUACUGGAGAGGAAUUCCAGACAAAAAAUGCUAGAGGGUUUCAAUUAGAAGUAUCCCACCCCCCUGUGUGUAAUUCUGGUAACUAUUGUAUAC